AUGUCAGCCAGGAAGGGCUUUCUUCAUCCACCGUCAAAUUACACCACAGCGAUGUCAUGUUCCAACAACCAAGCUGGAAAUUCAUUUUUCGUGGACUCCUUAAUCAAUGUGAGAACCGACGCCAGUUCGUAUUACCAAAGUAACAGCCUGUAUUUGCCGCCGGCGUCGGAAUAUUCAUAUGGACUCUCCGGUGGCUCUUGUUUCCCAGCAAUCGGUAAGCGCAACGAGUCGACGACUCAAAGCGUGCUUCUCUCCUCUGCUCCCUAUGUUCAGGGAAUGGAAACGUGGCUGGAAACGUCGAGACCCUGCCGGGUGGAGCCCAGCGGCCAGCAUUUGUCUCAGUGUUCAUUCUCACCGAGUAUAAAAGAAGAGAGCGCAUGUUGCCUUUAUGAGUCUGACAAAUGUCCUAAAGGCGCGACAGUAGAUGAGAUAUCAUAUUCGACUGCAUCAUGUCCUGUUACGGGCAGCUCCGUGCCAGUCCCCGGCUACUUCCGCCUGUCUCAGACAUACACGACCUCAAGGCUUUAUCACGAUGCCCAGUCAGACAUGAAUCGCUUUACUCUGCAACGACCUGCCCGCCUGGAUGGACAACCCUCCCAGCCGCCGGCUGCCUCUGUGGAACCGGAGCACAGGGAGAACCACGAGGAGGCGCCUGUCUCUGCGCCGUGCGCCUCGGCCAGGGAGGAGGACAACCGACUCUCCUCGGAAAGGUCAUCCUCUCCAGAACCAACUGAGACAUGCAGGGCGGAUUGUACAGAAAAGUCCAUAAAAGGAGAUGGGAAAAUGGAAAGUACAGCCAACUGGCUCACAGCUAAGAGCGGCAGAAAGAAGCGCUGUCCCUACACCAAACACCAGACUCUGGAGCUGGAGAAGGAGUUUCUCUUCAACAUGUACUUGACAAGGGAGCGACGCCUGGAGAUCAGCCGCAGCGUGCAUCUCACUGACAGGCAAGUCAAAAUCUGGUUCCAGAACAGAAGGAUGAAACUGAAAAAAAUGAGCCGAGAGAACAGGAUCCGAGAGCUCUCAACCAGCUUCAGCUUCUCGUGA